AUGACAUAUUUACGGAACAGAGUCUACAGAAAUCUUAUCUGUCCAACAGCCAGACCGUUCAGGAGCCGCCAAGUGAGCAGGAAGUUACUAGGAUUUCUGUAUGAAGUUGACUUUUCACAGCGUUACCCUCCUACAAUGAAGUUGGAGUUUUUAGAAUCGUCGAUGAUUGAACAAGCCAUUAAAAGUGUAGAAACUCCGACCGAACAGGACAUUUUGUAUUGUGAUGUCAAACGACUUCACUGCCUACUGAUGAACGAACUUAACAACUACCAGGGUAACAUCAUGGUGACUCAGAGACCUCGAGUUUUAGAGGAAGUUGAGAAUAUUCUGCAUCAUGUGGUGCUACGUAACAGAAUCCGACAGGAACUGUCCACCAAACAGCAGGCUCUGGAGGUGGGGCGUCAGGUGACGGAGGUUCUGCUGACCACGUGUCCUGAGGACCUACUGACUGCUGAGGACAGACAGACCGUACUGUUUGAGCUGCUACAGGAACUACAGAGAAGGUAUUGGCCAAAUUUCAUCUGUAUACUUAAGGUUAUGUGUAAAUCUUGCAAAAAGAUGUAUGGAAAAAUGGUGACAGAAGAUGAUGCCUUGACAGAGUUAACUGCCCCUGUGGCUGAGAUCAUUCUUACUUGGAUGACAAAUCUAUGUCAGUGUUUCUGUCAGGAUUCUGUCACCGACGACGAAACCUCACACUUCCUCACCAUGCUGGACUCCACAACAGGUCAAGGUCAAACAGGGUCAUGGGGUCAAGUGUCAGGGUCACGAACCCAAUUUGCUUCCUCCCUUCAACUGGAGCUUAGAGGAGUGAUAGAUCACAUUAUGCUCUCAA